CCUCAUUUACUCUUGCUUGCUUGCUUGUAAAUUGUAAUAAUAAAUCCCACAGCUCUCGGUUGGACAAAUCAACAAACAUCUGUCAUGCCCAUUUCUGUCGUCAUCAAAUAUUCAAUUUCGUCAAUGAAAUUCUAAACUUGCGCUUCACAAAGUUACCUUUACGCUCUGUUUUACUCUAUUUAAUAGUAACCCAUUAUUAUCUGAUACUUUGUUCCAUUUCCUUCUCCAAGAUUUGGCCCAGAUCAAAAUUGGACAUUGUUCUUUUUUGGGAGCAAGACGAGUAAAUUGUUGUGGAAAUGACGAGGAAGAUGCUUGUUGAUGGGGUUCUGGAUAAAUCUGAUGAAGGGGAGGCUCUUUAUGACUUCGAUUUGUUUGUCAUUGGGGCAGGAAGUGGAGGAGUUCGUGCCUCGCGAUUCUCUGCUCAAUAUGGAGCUAAGGUUGGGAUCUGUGAGCUUCCAUUUCAUCCUAUCAGCUCUGAAGUUAUUGGAGGAGUUGGCGGAACGUGUGUCAUUCGUGGUUGUGUUCCCAAAAAGAUUUUGUUUUAUGGUGCUUCUUUUGGUUCUGAACUAGAGGAUGCAAGGAAUUAUGGAUGGGAGCUGAAUGAGAAAAUUGAUUUUAAUUGGAAAAAACACUUACACAAGAAGACAGAAGAAAUAGUUAGAUUAAAUGGAACAUACAAGCGAUUACUUGCGAAUGCCGGAGUUAAGCUAUUUGAAGGAGAGGGAAGAGUUGCAGGUCCUAAUGACGUUGAAGUGAUUCAAAUCGAUGGGACAAAACUAAGGUAUUCUGCAAAACAUAUCCUAAUUUCAACUGGAAGCCGUGCUCAGCGUCCAGAUAUUCCAGGUCAGGAAUUAGCCAUAACUUCAGAUGAGGCGUUGAGCUUGGAAGAGUUUCCUAAGCGAGCUGUCAUACUUGGUGGAGGGUAUAUUGCCCUUGAAUUUGCUUCAAUAUGGCGAGGGAUGGGUGUAGAUGUUGAUCUGUGUUUCAGAAAAGAACUUCCUUUAAGAGGUUUUGAUAACGAGAUGCGAGCUUUGGUUGCAAGAAAUCUUGAAGCAAGGGGAAUCACCAUGCAUCCUUGGACAACAAUAACUGAGCUUGUUAAAACCGAAGUGGGUAUAAAAAUUUUCACCAGCCACGGUGAAGAAAUAACUGCCGAUGUUGUACUCUUUGCCACAGGCAGGGUCCCGAAUGCUAAAAGGCUAAAUCUGGAAUCUGUAGGAGUUGAGCUUGAUAGUUCAACUGGCGCGGUGAAGGUCGACGAAUACUCCUGCACGAACAUACCCAGCAUAUGGGCCAUAGGUGAUGUUACAAACAGAUUGAAUCUUACUCCUGUUGCCUUGAUGGAAGGGACCUGUUUCGCCAAAACCGUCUUUGGUGGACAGCCUACGGCACCUGAUUAUGACACUGUUCCUUGUGCUGUGUUCUGCAUACCUCCACUGUCUUUAGUCGGCUUCAGUGAGGAACAGGCUCUAGAGAAAGCAACCGGUGACAUUUUGGUUUUCACAUCUACAUUUAAUUCAAUGAAAAACACAAUUUCCGGACGACAAGAGAAAACAAUCAUGAAGCUUGUCGUUGAUGCAGAGACUGAUAAGGUUCUUGGAGCAUCCAUGUGUGGGCCUGAUGCUCCUGAGAUCAUGCAGGGAAUUGCUGUCGCACUCAAGUGUGGAGCAACCAAAGCACAAUUUGACAGCACGAUUGGCAUUCACCCUUCUUCUGCAGAGGAGUUCGUGACCAUGCGGUCAGUAACGAGGCGAGUUUCUCCUAGCAAGCCGAAGACUAUGCAGUAGACAUGGAUGAAUAUGUGAUGCUUCAUAGUUGGACAAACCUUGUUUCACACCAAUAUUAUAUUUUCUGCAAGAAAAUGAAGAAAAAGAAAAGUAGCAGAUAUAUAAGUAGCUUGAAUCUCAUAAUACAUAUACUACAUUUUCCUUAAAUUUUAUGAUUGUUUUGAUAAGUUAGGAUUCCUGGGUUAAAUUUGGUGGAAAAUGUGAUCUGGAGAGGCUUCAUGUUGGAAAAUGGCAUCCUCUUCAAUUUGUAUAUUUUGCCACUUGAAUCCUAAAAUGAAAUUUUCUUGAA